GUGAGGUUUGGAAGGAGACCCUGAAUCUUGUCUAAGAUGGUUCUUAAACCAGGAGCACUGCCUACUUGGUGAUUUGAGACAGGCUGGGAGGUGCUGCCGUAGGGCUCUGGGGUUUGAGCUCCCGAAGGUCCUGGGGCUUCCCUGCUGGGAAGGGAGGGUCAUUUCCCCAGGUCCUUCUCCAUGAUAGCCAGCCCUUGUACAUCUUGAUGCCCUCUCCCAGGGGUCUCCCUGCUGUGUAAUGGGCCUUGCAUUUCUACACAGAGCCAUGGAGCAAGUCUUGCGUGGUCUUCUUUCCUUUUUAGGAGUGGGCUUUUGUGAACACUGACAUCUUUGCCAGGACCAAGAUAGACCCCAGUGCCUUGGUGCAGAAGCUGGACUUGGACACGAGGAGUGUUGCUUCCAUCAGGAGAGGUGCUGAGGCAAAGAUGAUUUUGCCCAAGAAGGAGAAACUGAAGCUGAGGCGUGAGCGGUGGCUGCAGAAAAUUGAAGCCAUAAAGCUGGCUGAGCAGAAGCUAAAGGCAGAGCGGAAGCGGCGGGCCACAGUGGUGGUGGGGGACCUGCAACCCCUUCGGGACGCCCUCCCUGAGCUGCUGAAUCUGGAAGCCGGUGCCAGGCAGCCACACACGCGACACAGAACAAGCAGCAAGCCCCGACCAGCCGAGCUGAGCCGGAUGAGUGCCGCGCAGAGGCUCCAGCUCCUGGGUAUAGGGUCUGCUGACCUUCGACCUCAAUUUUUCAGCGAGGAAGAAAGGACCCGAUUCCGGGACCUGCUGGCCAGUCCCACCUACAGAGCCAGCCCCCUGCUGGCCAUCGGGCAGCGGCUAGCUCAGCAGAUGCAGCUGGAUGGCAGUGGCCUGCUCUGACCUGACCCCGGGGUGUGCUGUGAGUUCCGAGGACACACGUGAGCUGCCAGAGGGCCAACUACUCGCCAUUUCACCCAGAGUCUGGAGGGCAGCCUCCUUGGCUCUUUCUCACUUGUUAGGACUGGUGGGGCAGCCCCCCAGUCCCCGGGGGGGUGAAUAAACACCAUGUGAACUCAG